AUGCCGCGGCGAACAAAAGCAGUUGCAAAGCGUAUAAAGAACUUAGUUCAAAGCGCGAAAAAUAGGGUAGAGCCAUAUGUCGUCAACACUGUUGAAUUUGUGCUAUCUGUAUUAUUGAGCGGCGCUACAUUUUGCCAAUCAGAAUUUCAAUUCAUGCUGAAUAACAUCAAAGUUCCGUCAGAAGCUACAUUUCAUCGAGUCCAAGAAAAGGUUGGUCGUGUUAUCAUAGAAGUUGCCAGAGAAUCUGUUAAUUAUUGGAAAUCUCGAAUGAGAAAAUGUUCGGGACUUUUGUUUGACGGUUCUUGGAGUCAGAGAAGAAAUGCAAUGUUUUGCUAUGUACAAUUUGUAGAAGAGAAACUCAAAAAAAUUGUAGAUUGGGAAGUGAUAUCUAAAUCUUUUAAAAAUUUCAAAGGUAAUUUCAACGGAAAAUCAAAUGAAAUGGAAUUUGAAGGCUUAAAAAGAAUGCUGAAGCGUUGGAAUAAUGAAAAACGUGUAAAUUUUUUUGUGCAUGAUGGCGAUGUCAAAAUUGUUUCUACAAUCAAAAAUACGUUCAAAGGUAUCAGAGAAUACAGAGAUCCUGGACAUUUUCUUAACAAUAUACAGAAAAAGCUCAAACUGCCAGAAUUCAGAAUCUUAUCUAGCAUUUCAAAGAAUUUAUUGCGUUGGCUUAGGCAACUUCUCAAUGACACACAUAUGUCAAUUAAAACAAAGAAGUUUUUAUGGUUGAAUUCCGCUAAACAUUAUGCCGGAAAUCAUAAAUUUUGUCCAGAUCCUGAAAAAUGCAAGAUGAUUAAACCAUGGAAAUAUGCAAAAAAUAAAACUGCUAUAAAAACACUUAAAAAAUUCCUCGAAGAUACCGUAAAAAUCUUUGAUAUG